AAACAUGACGUCAUGAUACUUUGCAGCAAGUCAUGUUUCAGUAUGCAAGCAACAAGCCAGGAUUAAACGGUAGCCGCACGAGUGCGCCGUCUAACGGUAGACAAAAGACGCCAAAGAUCGGCAGCAAGCUGAAACCAGCAAAGAGCGAGAUGGACGCAAGUCUGAAUUCAAAAAUGAGAACAAACACAAGAGCAAAGUCAGCAGGGCCUAUCAAACACAAAGAGCCAACGAAGCAGGCCUGGACGGAAAAUAGUACCGACAAAUGCAUGUGUGACUUCGCCACUAGUGGUAUGCCGCCUGCCAUGACAACUGAGUGUCAUCGUGCCAUGACAUCUGUUAACGAGGUCCGAAAAACCUCGCGGGCGCUUCGAAGACGUAUCCUGCAGGUGGUAGAAGAGAGCUUUUUGGUUGAGCCGAUGGCGGCGCCACCGAGUGAGCCACAUCACCAUGGUCGAUAUUACGGGGUGGCGUGUGGGGGAAGGUCUCCCCACAAGAGGGCAAUGUUUAUACACUGAGUCGUGACAUAGAGAUCAUAUUUUUUUGGUUAAAAUUAAAAAGGGAUUAUGAUAUCUCUACAAUG